CGGCAGCCGCGUCCCGGAGAGGGGAUGGGCCGGGCCGGGCCGCAGGGACCCACAGCGGACCCCGCGCCUCGCCCCCUCCCUGCAAACCUCACAAAAACCUGCGGGGACACCAACCCUGCUCCCCAGUUUGAUCAAACCACCAGGAUUUCUGAGGAUUAGCCGARCCAGCGAGCCUCCCGAGCCCUGUCCGCUCCAUCCCUCCCCAGCUGGCUGCCCACCGCUGCUUUUUCUGCGAGCUAAGGAAGAACAGCCUUGCUGUUGGUAGAGUGUGCUAAUYGAAAACAUGUUGGCCACCAAGCUGUCCCGCCCUCUCCUGAGCUUCUCUGUAAAAGCCCUGAAUUUCAAGGACCCAGGGAAUGGCUUUAGGCCUGUGCAAAGAUUUUCCUUCCCGCUCUUGUCCCCAUGUGGCAGCCGCUCYUAUGCAAAUGAAGUUGAUCAGAUUGGCAGCAGAGCUGUGCUUAUAACAGGCUGUGACUCAGGGUUUGGAUUUGCCUUGGCCAAGCACCUGCAUGACAAAGGUUUCAUUAUUUAUGCUGGCUGCCUGCAAAAGGACAAAGGAGAGGGYGGCUCCAAGGAGCUGGAUGACAUGAAGAGUGAUCGGAUGAGAACUGUCCAACUCAACGUCUGUGACAGCAAAGAAAUGGACCGGGCAGUGGAGCACGUGCAAAACAGCCUYGAGGACCCAGAGAAAGGGCUCUGGGGGCUGGUGAACAAUGCUGGGAUCUCCACAUUUGGGGAAGUUGAAUUCACCAGYAUGGACACCUACAUGGAGGUAGCUGAGGUGAACCUGUGGGGGACUGUGCGAACCACCAAAGCUUUCCUCCCGCUCAUCCGGAGGUCAAAGGGUCGUGUGGUGAACAUCAGCAGCAUGAUGGGGCGGAUGGGCAGCCCUGCCAGGUCACCCUACUGCAUCACCAAGUUUGGUGUGGAAGCCUUCUCCGACUGCCUGCGCUAYGAGAUGCAGCCCCAGGGAGUCAUGGUCAGCAUCGUGGAGCCCGGCAACUUCAUCGCCGGCACCAACCUGUACAGCCCCGAGCGGAUCAAAGCCAUCGCYGACAAAAUGUGGGACGAGCUCCCCGAGAUCGUGCGCAAGGACUACGGCCGCAAGUACUUCGACGAGCAGGUCAGCAAGAUGGAGUCGUACUGCAACAGCGGCUCGAGGGACACGUCGCCGGUGAUCGAGAGCGUGGCACACGCGCUCACCGCCACGGCCCCCUACACCCGCUACCACCCCAUGGAUUACUACUGGUGGCUGCGCAUGCAGAUCAUGACCCACAUGCCCGCUGCCAUCGCAGACCGGCUCUACGUCUACUGAGGCCUCACACUCAUAAGCUACCCAGGUGGGAAAUAUGUUUUAAAGAGAGCUUUGUACACACUUCCCAUUAGUCCUUUUUAAAUUUUUCUAACCUCA